AUGGAAUCUCUUGGCUCAUGCCACUUACGCAUCUCACGUAAUUCAGGUCGGCCCUGUCGACGCAAAGCCAGAUCACCAUCACUCUUUUUGGAAUUACCGGUCGAUAUUGUCCUUUACCUCUACCUGGAACACCUAGCCCGAGCUUUCCUGCUUCUUCUUGAAAAGGAUCUUGGGCAUCAUCAGUACUAUUGCCACACCUGCUCCGUUCUAGAUCGCUUUCCGAAUGACUGCCGUCGUAACUGUACGUAUUUCUGGGGAAGUUGCUUCACGGUUGGUUAUCACCAUGUCCGCUUCGCUAUGAAUCGACACUUUCUCGGUCCGCCAAACGGCUUGCCACUUCAUCAGCUCAGAGCUAAGAACACAUCCAUUACUCCCCUCCGCUGGAGAGAAAAAUGGUCAGCCAGGAUACUCGAAGACGAGCUAUUCCUAUCAGUUACGCGGCCGGUCUAUGGGAACGAUCAAGAACUGCGAGACGCUAUUGACAAGGGCCGGUACUCUAUCUGUGGCCACGUCGACAUGGCAAUGCGAUUCAUAAAGAUAAAAGAUGGGAAGCGGAAGCUGACAAGGGCGUGUUGGCUUAUCACCGUCACUUCGUAUCAUCGGCUUGGAAGUGGCCGCUCGCCAUUGGAUGUUAAAUGGCACGCGUUCGCAACACGCGGGAUAAGGGACCUUCGAACGACUCCACGGGACAUGGCUAGGUAUCCCCAAGGCACGGUGAGGGAAGUGUGGAAGGAGGGCGAGAAGCCUUAGGCUUCUAUCGACCCGCCCCAAUGGAGAUGGCCAAUUGGGUGGUACUAGAGCACGUUUGUUUACACGCACAAGUCACUACGAUAUUGUAAGUGCUAUCUAAUUGAAAAGGCCAGCGCACGAUCAGGUUUCAAGUACGGGUACCACUUGAACUAUUGUGAAAAAAUGGGGUAUGUACAUGUCCUAACAGACCUUUCUACAGUCCAACCCCUGACAAUUCUUGGCGUAUUACUCUUCGAAUAAGUAAUUAGUACGUUUAAAUAUCGCCAAGUAAUGUAUGUAUACUUGGUGAAGGAAUUCGAAGAAUAGAGAUAGGCCUCAAGGAGUCUAUAUUAGGGGCUUUAAAUAUAUCCCCUCCCUUUAGUAAAAAACACCCAGGGCGAACCGUAAAG